CAUCUUUGCGGGGAGAAGACAAGACAGGGGCGUAAGUAGAGCUCUCUGGGGCCCAAGGCAAACCUCUCAGAUGGGCCCCACAAACAAUGGGAAGCAAGCCUAUUCGGGUGCCUAGGCCUUGCAUCACAUAAGAUACCCUGGGGAGAAAUAGCAGCAGUUGCAGCUAUAGCUGGAAGCAUUCUUGAGGAAAGGCGGAGGGGGUGGUGGUGGUGGCAAUCGAUGGCAACCAGAUCGGGGCGGCAAAAAUCUGGGCAACCGUUAGAUGACAGCAAAGAAAUGCAGCUUUCUACUUACUUUUUUGCUGCCAUCUAAUGGUCGCCCUAAACAGUAAGCGCUGAGGGGGUUUUUUUUGCCACUCUCGCCUGCAACACGCUUUCACCUGCUGUGCCGCCCCCACCCAUCGUGCCGCCCCAAGCAAAUGCCUGAGCUCCUCUAUGGGCACACGCUGGCCCUGCAGCGGACCACAGAAGUUCCCGGGCCCGCCACCCCUGCCUCAACGACAUAUGCGCCAUUGAAAGCAGAGAAGGGCUGCGCGGUGGAAUAUGGGUGGAAAAGGUGGCGGGAAGAGCAGCGAGAAGCCUGACCGUAGCUUGCCGCCUUCGUGUUGAUCGCUUCCAUCCGCCCUACUCCGCUGUCUGGACACAAAGCAGCCGCAGCUAUGGAAGAAGAGCUGAAAUGCCCCGUCUGCGGUUCGCUCUUCCGGGAGCCCAUCAUCUUGCCCUGUUCGCACAAUGUCUGCCUGCCCUGCGCCCGCACCAUCGCUGUACAAACGCCAGAGUCCGAGCAGCAUCUGCCCGCCAUGCUGCACCCUCGGGGCCCUGCGGCAACGGCAGUGCCAGGCGCUGGAGCUACAAGCGGGCCGGCCUCUCUGGACUACGAGUGUGGCGCCGGCGGAAGCAGUGGGACCGCUGGCGGCGGCGGCGGAGACCACGCCGACAAGGUGAGCUUGCACAGCGAGACGGACAGCGGCUACGGCUCCUACACCCCGAGCCUGAAAUCUCCUAACGGCGUGCGAGUUUUGCCCUUGGUACCGCCGCCUCCGGGAUUGUCGGCCGCGGCGGCUUUGGCGGGACCCCGCGGGAGCGGAACCAGCUCCUCGCUCACCUGCCCGCAAUGCCAUCGCAGCGCAUCCCUGGAUCCUCGCGGCCUGCGCGGCUUCCAGCGCAACCGCCUCCUGGAGGCCAUCGUGCAGCGCUACCAGCAGAGCCGGGCCGCCGCCUCGGCUAUGGCCAAGUGCCAACUGUGCGACCGCAGCCCUCCGGAGGCGGCCGCGGUGUUGUGCGAACAGUGCGAGGUGCUCUACUGCUCGGCUUGCCAGGUCAAAUGUCACCCGUCCCGUGGGCCUUUCGCCAAGCACCGCUUGGUUCCUCCCCCCAGCCAGCAGCAGAGCGCCCCUAGCGGCGCGGGCGGGGCGUGCGGCGGAGGAAGCAAAGGCCCGGGCGCUGCCCGCAAGUCUCCAACGUGCGCGGAUCAUGAGCUGGAGAACUACAGCAUGUACUGUGUGACCUGCCGGACCCCCGUCUGUUACCAAUGUCUGGAAGAAGGAAAACACUCCAAGCAUGACGUGAAGGCCCUGGGAGCCAUGUGGAAACAACACAAGGCACAACUGUCCCAAGCUUUGAAUGGCAUUUCAGACAAAGCAAAGGAAGCAAAAGAAUUUUUGGUGCAACUGAAAAAUAUUUUACAGCAGAUACAGGAAAAUGGCUUGGACUAUGAAGCUUGUCUGGUUGCUCAGUGUGAUGCUUUAGUUGAUGCUUUGACUCGCCAGAAGGCCAAACUGCUCACAAAAGUUACCAAAGAGCGGGAGCACAAGCUAAAGGUUGUAUGGGACCAGAUAAACCACUGUACUCUAAAACUGCGACAGUCCACAGGACUUAUGGAAUAUUGUCUAGAAGUAAUCAAAGAAAAUGAUCCUUCUGGUUUCUUACAGAUUUCAGAUGCUUUAAUCAAACGUGUUCAAGUGUCUCAGGAGCAGUGGGUGAAAGGAGCCCUGGAACCAAAAGUAUCUGCUGAAUUCGAUCUGACGUUGGACAGUGAACCAUUGCUGCAGUCAAUCCAUCAGCUGGACUUCAUUCAGAUGAAAUUUCCUCUUUCAGUACCCCCAGUCCCACUUCUGCAGUUGGAGAAAUGCUGUACUCGAAACAACAGUGUGACACUUGCCUGGCGGAUGCCGCCUUUUAGCCACAACCCAGUGGAGGGAUACAUCUUGGAACUUGAUGAUGGAGAUGGUGGCCAGUUUCGAGAAGUGUAUGUGGGCAAGGAAACCUUGUGUACAAUUGAUGGUCUUCAUUUCAAUAGUACCUACAAUGCAAGAGUGAAAGCCUUUAAUUCAUCUGGAGUAGGCCCUUAUAGCAAGACUGUUGUUUUACAAACUUCUGAUGUGGCUUGGUUUACAUUUGAUCCCUGUUCAGCCCACAGAGACAUAGUCCUUUCAAAUGACAACCAGACUGCUACCUGCAGUAGCUAUGAUGAUCGUGUGGUUCUGGGCACUGCAGCUUUCUCAAAGGGAGUCCACUAUUGGGAGCUGCAUGUGGACCGUUACGAUAACCAUCCGGAUCCAGCCUUUGGGGUUGCUAGAAUCAAUGUGGUCAAGGACAUGAUGCUGGGGAAGGAUGACAAAGCCUGGGCUAUGUAUGUUGACAACAAUCGCAGUUGGUUCAUGCAUUGCAACUCCCACACUAAUCGGACAGAAGGAGGUGUUUCAAAAGGUGCAACUGUAGGUGUUCUUCUGGACCUCAACAAGCACUCCUUAACGUUUUACAUAAAUGGCCAGCAACAGGGCCCUCCAGCGUUUGAGAAUGUGGAGGGUGUUUUCAUGCCCGCAUUAAGUCUCAACCGAAAUGUUCAGGUGACUCUACACACAGGUCUGGAGGUACCUCAGACUGUAAGACCACCAAAGCUGCCAAGCAACUGAAUUCCUGCUACUUAUAUCUCAGCUAGAUUUUAUAAUCUUUCUAAAUAAUCAGUUUUAAAAUAACACACUCAUAAUUGAAAUCAAAAUAAUGAUGAUUAGAUUUGGGGGUGUUUGCAGGGGGUCAAAAUAAGCCAAGAUGGCCUGUGUGACCCACUUUUUUUUACAUGCAUUAUACACAUAAAAAGGAGUGGGUUUCAAAUCCGCUAUUCCAGAUGCCCUCUUGACUUUAUUUUAGCUUACUCUGUGGAUACCCCUGUUUAAAUAACUCAGUGAUUUCCUUCUUAGUUCUACAUGCCUUUUAAACUUUUAUAUUAUUUCAAGAGUGCUUAUACCACCGAACUGCCUGUGCAUUUUGGCUUUAUCCUUGUGUGAAAGCUUACAAUCUGCCCUCUAAAGGUAAUCACAUAAGUGAACUCUAAUGUUUCAUUUUCUUUUUACACAUCAAUUCUGUUUUUGUACAGCAAAAAAAGAGAAAACUUGACAGUAUAUAAAUGCUGUUGAUUACAGUGGGAGUUAAUCAUCUUUAAUCUUCUCUGGAUCACAUUUGUUCUGGGCACAUUUUGCUUGAUCCUAAUCUGUGGCUAUUAUAUAUUGACAUAGAGGAUUGUAGCUAUAUCCUUUAUGGCCUAAUUGCUUGAAGGAAUUUCAGUAUGGUAGAGAUUGUUGUCCUUGUGCAGAUGCUUGGACUAAGUGACAUCUAGAUCACUUUGAUUCCAAAGAUUUGGGCAUGACAGAAUAAAAAUAGAAUGGAUUGGGUUCAGUAGCAUAAUUAUCAUUCCUUCUACUGUGAGUAAGGAUUAAAUGUCUAAUGCAAUAUAUACAGUACUGAAAAUCUCCAAAUGUUUAAUCCAGAUCAUUGUAGCUUUCUCUUUGAAUAUCUGUUCUGGUAACUCUUGCCUUCAACACAAAGCUCAUACUGUGCUGCUGUAUUUGUGUGUGCUGACUUUGCGCUGACUUUGAAUGCCACAUUGUAAUCACAUAAUUUUCAGACAGAGCAGAUGUUUAAAAGAAACCAAAGAUCCAUUCAUAUAUGGGAAUAUGAAGCAAAGGAAGCUCAGAAUCCGUAUCUAUUCAAAGAUAACACAUCAUUAAUGUUUUGAUGAAUUCUAUACUCACAUUUCCUUCUUUGCCUUGUUGUCAUUCCAUUUGAAUUCAUCUGGCAAAAGGAACUGCAGCUUGUAGUCCUAUAUACUUUUACUAGUCUUCGUGGAUGCAAAUCUUACACUUGCAAGUUUAAGAUGUGAUCAAG